UGAAUUUGCUCCGGUCCCUUGAUUGUUUCGUUCUCACCGAGAACUUUGUUUACAGUCCCUUGUGGGGGCGAGCUGCAUCCCCUCUUAUGCUGGCUGCGGGCUGGUGGCCGCCGCAGUCCCGCCCGGCGGCCGGGAGGAAACGUCCAUGCUAGAAUAUUGACACCUCCAGUUCAUCAUUCAGCAACAUCUGGCACUUCAAAGACUCAAGCAGCUCCUUGUGCCUUGAAUUGUCAUACAAGACAUCUCCAGCACUCUUCCUCUGCUUUCUGAGUCAAGGAUCUGUUACCAUGGGUUUCUCCUGGAUCUGUGCAGAGCCUGCUCUAGCCUAGGAACGGGCCGAGCCAAGCCGGUCAAGAUGACAAACGAACCUAUCAAAGAGAUCCUGGGCACCCCGAAGCACCCUGAUUCUGCAGCCACAGAGAAGAGUAACAACAAUGACUGUGUGGUAACCACCAUCCCGCUGGUCAGCGAGUGCCAGCUGACGGCAGCCACGGGGGGAGCGGAGCUCUCCUGCUACCGCUGCACCGUCCCCUUCGGCGUGGUCAUCCUGAUCGCCGGCGUCGUGGUCACCGCCGUGGCCUACAGCUUCAACUCCCAUGGAUCCAUCAUCUCCGUCUUCGGGCUGGUCCUCCUGUCCUCAGGACUCGUCCUGCUGGCCUCCAGCGCCGUGUGCUGGAAGAUCAGGCAGCAGAGCAAGAAGGCAAAGAGGCGGGAGAGCCAGACAGCGCUCGUGGCAAACCAGAGAACCUUGUUUGGCUAAAAGCAGCCAAGAGAAGGCUGGGCAGAAGGCAGAACCUUUGUAAGUCAACUUGGCUAUUUAUUGGAGACAUUGCAGAUUUUAAUUUAACUGUGGAAACGAACUGAAAUGAAAAUGGAAUGGAUUAAGAAAUACUUGUAACAACUCUGCAAGUGCUCUCAAUGUAUUUCUUACUGCAAACUUGGUAGUGAUUCUUUCCAAGACAGAGGAAAACUCCUUUUUCCUUCACAGAAAACUGUGUCACAUAACUGCAGCCAUCCUAACCGUGUUCUGCAACAUGCUGAUUGUGUUGGAAACAGAACUUGUGGGAACUGAGAAAAUAAUUUGAACUGUCUUGAAAUGCAAGAAGUCUCCUAAAACACUGACAUUUGACCAAGGGAGAAGUCAUAGCGUUUGAAGUGACUACAAGCUUAUGGCCAGAGUAUCUGAGACUUAAACUGUAGCUCAAAAAA